AUUAUAUAGCUGGUGGUAUAGAAAUUAAUUUAGUGGUGGCAAUUGAUUUUACUGCUUCAAAUGGUGAUCAUAGAAAUCCUACCAGUUUACAUUAUAUCAAUCCAAAUGAGGAAAAUUUAUAUCAGAAAGCUAUUUCUAGUGUGGGAAAAAUACUGGAAGCAUAUGAUUAUGAUAAAAGGUUCCCUGUUUAUGGAUUUGGUGCUAAAUUUAAUAGAGUGUUGUCACAUAUUUAUCCAUUGAAUAAUGAUUAUAGAAAUCCUGAAGUUACAGGUAUUGAUGGAAUAUUAGCUGCAUAUUCACAUACGAUGAAUUAUGUUGAAUUACAUGGACCUACCAAUUUUUCUCCUAUAAUAAAUCAUACUGCCUCAAAAAUUAAGUCAGAAUUGGAUGCUGGAAAUGAUAUGGUUUAUUAUAUAUUAUUAAUAAUUACAGAUAUGGAAUCAACAAUAAGAGCAAUAAUCAAUGCUAGUUCAUUACCUCUAUCAAUAGUUAUUGUCGGUGUGGGAAAUGCUGAUUUUACCAAGAUGCAUAUAUUGGAUGCUGAUGAUGUACCUUUGACUGUAUCAGUUUUAGAAGAAAUUCCUGAUCAAUUUUUAGGUUAUAUGAAAAGAAAUGGAAAAUUACCUCAUUCUCCCGCUAAUAAUGAACUUGUUAAUG